UCAAUUAUUUUUCAGUUUCCUGUUUUUUUCACAAAAGAAAAAAUAGUUACUCACACACAAAACAACGCAAUCUUCAAAGCAAAUAAAUUUAAUAAAAAACGUAACAUCGAAAUUAACAAAAUGUUAGUAGCCACAAAUGCCCAACAAACUGCCCAAAACAGCCCAAAAACCACUAGAGCUAACACGCCUAUUAAGAUGGAAAGAAGAGAUUCAUCCUCCUCCUACUCGUCAUUGGAAGAUUUGGAGCAAGAAGGUAAACAAUUAAAUGCUGUAACCUCUACGCCGGUGGUGACAAGUGAUGCCACAGUUUCUUGCGCUGUUAGUUCCAUAACAAGAUCAAGUCAAAGAACGGACAUGGAGGGUCAACAGCUUAGCCUGCAUCAGCGCAUGCAAGAGUCUGAUGAUGCUAAUGACUACGAUGAAGACGAAUCGGCUGAUGAGAAAUCUUCACAGCCACGUCAGCAAUUGCAUUACAAGCGUCGUCUCAGCGGUCGCAGCCUCACGGAUAAAACAGCCAGUGUUCUGUUAGAAUACAAUGCUGAUAAUCCCAAUUCUUUGCGCAAGAAAUUCCGCUUCAACCGCAUUGUCAUGAUGAAUCGCGAUGAGUCGGGUUUCGUUGAUACCAGCAACAAUAGCCAGUUGAUGAAUAAUACAUCAUCGUCAGCGUUGGCAGUUGCCGCAACAAAUCUAUCCAACUCGAAUAAUGUUGCAAAAUCAAACAGUUCUUCGGAUACCUCAUCGCCACCCCAAAGCAAUGGCAAUUCUAGUCCGGAAUCGGGCAUCGGAGAGCGUGAGGAUAUGAAAUAUAUGUGUCCCAUCUGUGAUGCAGUCUCACAAACGGCCCAUCAAUUCACCAAUCAUAUACGCUGUCACAAUUACGCCUCAGGUCAUACGGAGAACUUUACCUGCCGUAUUUGCUCUAAGGUGCUCUCAUCUGCCUCAUCAUUGGAUCGUCAUGUUCUAGUGCAUACGGGAGAACGGCCAUUCAAUUGUAAAUAUUGUCAUCUCACAUUUACCACAAACGGGAAUAUGCAUCGUCAUAUGCGUACCCAUAAGCAGCAUCAGCAUACUCAUCAUCGACGCAACUCGAAUGGAACAAAGUUCAACUCAAACAAUAACAAUAAUUAUAAUAGUAACAACACAACAUCAACUCCAGCUGUAAGUAAAACAACAUUAAGCAAUGGACAAUUAAGUGAAGGCGUUAAAUUAUCAACAACAACAGCAGCAGACACAACGACGUCGGCAACACCAACAGCAACACCAUUAUCACCAGCAGCAGCAGCAGCAGCAGAAACAAACGCUGUCUUCGCUGCUGACAAUGAUGAUAAUCAAAAGGCAACAGGUGCUAAUGGCAAACAAUUAAAUGGUAACGCCAACUUAGAAAGUUAUGAAAGUGAUGGUGGCUGCUCAUCAGACUCGUCAACAGGCCAUGUUUCCAACAAUAAUAACAACAACAACAACAAUGAUAAUGACAACCAAAAUAAUAACAACAAUAAUGAUUUAAAAAUUAACAAUAAUAACUAUAAACGUAAACACAGUGAAGAUCAGCCGCCUCAAGACAUAGUGGAUUCUAUGGAAAACACUCAUGAUCUACUAAAACGCCGUUUGAGGCCAGAUAUCAACACCACCACCACCUCACCUAUCAACUCCCAUGACAACCAUAACGACCUGGUAAGCAGAAUAACCCGUGAAUCAGUUGUUUGUCCUGUUUGCAACGAUACAGAUUUUACGGAUAAUCUGGCCCUUGAUCAGCAUAUGGAUAAUAAACAUCCGGAAAUACCAGCCAAAUGUAAACACUGUGAUGUAUUGUUUCGCACACAUCAUCAGCUCAACAUCCAUCCCUGCUCCGCGGAUAUUAAGGGGUCCAUUAAUUUAUCCGUUAAGCAUCGUCGUUUGAGUGAAAGCUCAAAUCAUCAUGGGGAAGAAGAUCGUGAGGAAUCGGAUGAUCAUGUAAGACAACGACAUGAACUAUUUCAACACUUUAAGAAUGCCAUGGCCCAUAGCAAUUCACAUUCCUCGCAUUUUAAUCAAGAUCUCACUGAGGAUGACAUCAAAUCGGAACCAUCGGCUCAUGACUCCAAAGAUUUGGCUGAUAUUCAAUCGAUUUUGAAUAUGACAGCAUCGUCCAGCAAUUCGAAUUUACUGAGGAACUUUGAACAAUCGGUAAAUACACCUUCAUCACAAUACAGCUAUGACAGAGAUGAAGAGGAAGCUCAAGAUGCUUUCACCUCGGAAUUCCGUAAAAUGAAGUUGCGUGGUGAAUUUCCUUGCAAGUUGUGUCCCGCAGUUUAUCCCAAUUUACGAGCUCUGAAAGGCCAUAAUCGUGUGCAUUUGAGUGAGGCUGGCCCCGCGGGUCCGUUCCGUUGCAACAUGUGUCCCUAUUCGAUAUGUGACAAGGCUGCCUUGAUUCGCCAUAUGCGUACACAUAAUGGUGAUCGUCCCUAUGAGUGUGCUGUGUGCAAUUAUGCCUUCACCACCAAAGCCAAUUGUGAAAGACAUUUGCGCAAUCGCCAUGCUAAAACCACUCGCGAGGAAGUUAAACGUGCCAUUAUUUACCACCCUUCAGAAGAUUCAUCCUGCGAAGAUACUACCAAAAAAUUGCAUAUGUUUUCAUCCGAGUUGGAAGAUGAUUGUGAUUUAAUGUCGUAUCAUCAACAUCAGCCCAAAGAUCGUUCAACUCCCGUGUCUCAUCUCAAGGAAAGAUUGACUUCGGGCGAUAGUCCUUCUUCGAAACCUGUUAAGAUUCAGGUUAAAAACCUAGAAGAAUUGCUAGAUAAAUCAACUGCUUCGUCCGGCUAUCACGAUAGCUACGAUAAACGCAACAUUGAUAUAUCUCAAGCCCCAAUUGAUAUGAGUAUGGAUGUUUUGGAUUUGAGUAAAAAACCCAGUGCACCCCAACAUCCAGUCCAAGAAGAAAAGGUUGAGUCAUCAUUACCUAUGUUAUCAUUACCCAAACCAGAUGUCAAUCUUAGUAAUGAAAUACUUAACAGCAAGAUAUUACCUACAGAGGCUGCCCCAAAAUUGGAUGCAUCAGCUUUGGAUAAACAGCACCAGCAAUUGCUUUUAGCUCAGCAACAAUUACUGAGUGAUCCAAAUCAAUUAAUGCAGCAAUUAUAUCGAAAUCUACUGUUUCCCCAAUUUCCUCCAUUCUUUAUGCCCAACACAUUCAUGAACAACAAUUUCACCGAUUUUCAAAAACUUGCACCCAUUCUGACACGUAUGAUGGGCGGAGUUGCAGCAGCAAAUUUGCCAACCAACGAUAUGGAAAAGCCAUCAACUCCAACACCUCUGAAUCCCAUUAACCCCUCAACCAUGUCGCAAAUGAGUCCAUUAAUGACGGAAAAGUCUAACUCAGCAACAUUGGCCUCAAUGUCAUCACCCAAGAGUCUACUUUCGCCAAAUCCAAAUCAUUUAUCUAUGCCUAGACAUAUGAUGGCAUCUCCAGCAUCUUCACAUCCUCCAAAUCUGCCGCCUACAAUGCUCUCAAAUGGUCCCAUCAAAAUGGUGCUCAAAAAUGGUGUAUUCAUGCCCAAACAAAAACAGAGACGUUAUCGUACCGAACGUCCCUUUGCCUGUGAACACUGUUCAGCUCGUUUUACUUUGCGCUCCAAUAUGGAACGUCAUGUCAAACAACAACAUCCCCAGUACUAUGCCCAGCGUCAACGUAGUGGACAUCAUGUUAUGCGUGGUCGAGGAGCAAGCAGUGCUGCUAAUAUGAACAACAUCACUCAUUUGCAAGCUGCCGUGGCCCAGGCUCAUUAUGGCUCUACACCACCCUCCAUGAGUUCCCAUUCUCCAAUUUCGGAUCAAGUUAAAUGUGCCAUAUUGGCACAACAACUUAAGGCUCGCAAAGACACCGAUUUGCUACAACAAGCCUUGGCUCAUGGUUCCAACAGUGUUGCCAAUUCAAGUAUGUUUUCUCAACAAGGACCUAAUCUCAGCAAUGGACAACCACCCUUUUUUGGUUUCAAUCCCCAUCAUAGCCAUCAUCUAAGUCAAAACGGUACACCCAAUGGUUCCAUGGAAGACGAUGAACCUAAGUUAAUAAUUGAUGAAGACGAUGAAGAGGAGGAAGAAGAUGAAGACGACAUUGAAGAAAUUCCCGAUGAUCAGGAAGAAGAUGAAGAACAGGAUUUGGUGCUGACUGAAUGCGAAGAUAAAUUGGAAUCACGUCAUUUGCCCACUACUGUUGAAGAAGUUAAGCUCAAGUCCGACCCUCCCCAAGAAUCGGCUAAAAAAGUGGCUGAAUCAAUAUUGGAACAAGCCAUUAAAGCCAGACAAAAUAUCAGCUCAUUUGCUAAAACAUCAGAACCUCCUGCGGUGACCUCUAACAAUAAUACUAUGAAAUCGAUGAUUGCUCAAGCUCCAGCAGUGGGAAAAUUUUUAAAAGAAGUGGCAAGUUCUUCAUUUAAAGAUGAAUCUCAAGACUUAGUUUCAGUCUCCGAAUUAGUAGAUAAUGCCACUAACAAUGCGGUGUCAUUCAACAACUAUUUCCGUCCAUCUGAUGUGGCCAACCAUAUGGAGCCAAGCGAUGAAGAUGGUUUAGUGGCAUCCUCAGCCAGUGAAAGUAAUAAUUCGGGAGCCGAAGAUACCAUCAGUACUGAAAAACCAAAAAAGAAGUCAGCAUAUAGUUUGGCACCCAAUCGAGUCCAUUGCCCCUACUGUCAACGUAUGUUCCCUUGGUCCAGUUCCUUGAGAAGACACAUUCUCACCCAUACGGGACAAAAACCCUUCAAGUGCUCUCACUGUCCUCUCUUGUUUACUACCAAAAGUAAUUGUGAUCGUCAUCUUUUGCGAAAACAUGGAGAUGUGGAGUCUGCUGUAUCUGUGUAUGUACCAACUGAGGACGUUUCCGAACCUAUUCCUCUGCCCAAGUCUGUGGAAGAGAUCGAGAGAAUGCAAAGAGAACGUGAUGAAGAGGAACGCAAACGUAAAGCCGAAGAACAACGAGAACGUUUAGAGAAAGAACAAAUGGAAAAGCAAAAAUUCGAACAGGAACAGCAACAAAAACAAGCAUUCCUUAAACACUUGGCUGUAGCACAAUUUCAACAGCAAUUCAACCAAAAACCCGAAGCUAAUCCUGUAUCUUCAUCAGAACUGCCCUAUAAAUGCCACUUGUGCGAAAGUUCCUUUUCUGAACGCUUACAGUGCCUAGAACAUAUCAAAUCUUUGCAUGCCCAGGAAUUUGCUCUACUGCUGUCGAAGGGAGCCAUCGAAAAUGAAACUGACUCAGCUCAAAUGACUUCAAACGAAGAGGAUGAACGUCAACGAUCUACCGAAGAUGCCGGCAAAGGUGGCAAAUAUCCCGACUACAGUAAUCGUAAAGUUAUCUGUGCCUUUUGCAUGAGACGUUUCUGGUCAACUGAAGAUCUCCGUAGACAUAUGCGUACCCACUCCGGCGAAAGACCAUUCCAGUGCGAAAUCUGCUUUAGAAAGUUCACCCUAAAACACAGCAUGCUUAGACACAUGAAAAAACACAAUGGCCUCCACAUGAACGGCAGUCAAUCGAACAAUGACAAUUUGGCCAAUGGUAAUUCCGGCUCUGAUUACUCUGACGAUGAACAAAGUCCAAGCACAAUGCCUUCACCAGCCAUGCCAAUGCCCAGUACCAGCAUUAAUGCUCUAUUGAUGGGCUCAAAAUUCCAAGAACUUUUGAAUAAGGCAAACGAAUGGAGAAACGGUAGUUUGAAUGCAUUGCGCGAUGGUAAAGAAAACAAUUCAGAGGAGACAAACACACUACAGUCAUCAGAUUUAAUUGGCAAUUUGCUGGGAAUUAGUGAUCAGGGUAUAUUGAACAAAUUAAUGUCAUCGCCUGAUGAAGCGGCCAAAUUUUUAGGUGUCGACAAGUAAAUUAAAGAUAAGUUCUUUAUAUUGUUUGUUCUCAGUCAGUCAGCAUGGUUCUAAUUACUGCAUGUAUGAAGCCAAUCAUAAAAUGGUCCCCGCUAUUAUAAAAUGGAAUUAAUAGUUGGAGUAUAUUAUUUCUGAAAAAUAAAUGGGUUCAUGUUAUGAAGCUGCCAAAUUGUUGGGACUUGAUUGAAUGAGAUUUCAUUACUUUAUUUUAUCGUCUCGAAUCUGCUCAGAUAUUACUUUAGUAAUUGUCUCUUCCUCUCUCUCUCUCUCUCAUUCUCCUACUCUUAUUAAUACGCUCUCUCGCUCUAGUCAAUUGCUUAUGUUCUCUUCAUAUAAUGGAAACAAAAGUUCUAUUGAACAGUUCUUAAAAUUAAUUAAUUCAUCAAACACAAAAAAGACAUGAUAUAACAAAAACCAAAGCUAAAAACAAUUAUUUAGACUUAAUAUGGAAUAAGUUAGUUUUAAUUACAUACAUUUAUCUCUAGUAUUCAUAGAUCUAAAUAAUAUUAAACAUUUUAGAUAUAAUUUGUUAGUUUAAACAAAAAGAAACAAAACAAAGAAUUCAAUUUUAAAAUCGUUGUGAACAAAUAUUAAUAUUGAAGAAACAAUGAAAAUCGGUGCAACCGCUUUAAUAGUUUAUAAAAAUAUUAUUUUAUUUUUUUGUAAAAGCAAAAACAAAAAGACUUUUUCUCUCAAAAAAUAUAAAA